UCUCCACCUCUUCUCGACUUGAACACGGGCAACGCCUCAUAAUAAGGUGAGAGGUCUAGUACACGGACACCGAGUGUUAGGAAUCUAGCUGAGAGAGGUCAUGGACUCGGAGGCCAAUGGGAGCCUCGCCAACGAGAAGGCGCCGGAGACGGUCGGCGUCGGCCGGUACGUGGAGAUGGAGCAGGACGGCGACUCCAACACCGUCAAGUCGCGCCUCUCCGGCCUCCUCUGGCACGGCGGCUCGGCCUACGAUGCCUGGUUCAGCUGCGCCUCCAACCAGGUAGCUCAGGUGCUCCUGACCCUGCCCUACUCCUUCUCGCAACUGGGGAUGCUGAGCGGCAUCCUGUUCCAGCUCUUCUACGGCCUGAUGGGCAGCUGGACGGCGUACCUCAUCAGCAUCCUGUACGUGGAGUACCGGACCCGGAAGGAGAGGGAGAAGAAGGCCGACUUCAGGAACCACGUCAUCCAGUGGUUCGAGGUGCUGGACGGGCUGCUCGGGAGGCACUGGAGGAACGUCGGCCUGGCCUUCAACUGCACGUUCCUGCUCUUCGGCUCAGUCAUCCAGCUCAUCGCUUGCGCAAGCAACAUCUACUACAUCAACGACAAGCUGGACAAGCGGACGUGGACGUACAUCUUCGGCGCCUGCUGCGCCACCACGGUGUUCAUCCCGUCGUUCCACAACUACCGGAUCUGGUCCUUCCUGGGCCUCGUCAUGACCACCUACACGGCGUGGUACCUCGCCAUCGCCUCCAUCAUCCACGGCCAGGUUGAUGGCGUGAAACACUCCGGGCCGACCAUGAUGGUGCUCUACUUCACCGGGGCCACAAACAUCCUCUACACCUUCGGCGGGCACGCUGUUACUGUGGAGAUCAUGCACGCGAUGUGGAGGCCCCAGAAGUUCAAGGCGAUCUACCUGCUGGCGACGCUGUACGUGCUGACGCUGACGCUGCCGUCGGCGGCGAGCGUGUACUGGGCGUUCGGUGACCAGCUGCUGACCCACUCCAACGCGUUCGCCCUGCUCCCGCGCACGGCGUUCCGCGACGCCGCCGUCGUGCUCAUGCUCGUCCACCAGUUCAUCACCUUCGGCUUUGCAUGCACGCCGCUCUACUUCGUGUGGGAGAAGCUCAUCGGACUCCACGACUGCCGCAGCCUCUGCAAGCGCGCCGCCGCGCGACUCCCCGUCGUCGUGCCCAUCUGGUUCCUCGCCAUCGUCUUCCCCUUCUUCGGGCCCAUCAACUCCGCCGUCGGCUCCCUCCUCGUCAGCUUCACCGUCUACAUCAUCCCGGCGCUGGCGCACAUGAUCACCUUCCGCUCCGCGAGCGCCCGUGAGGAAUUUGGUAGCUUGUCGUCGCACGCAGCACCGUCGCACGCCUAUGUUCUUUGGGCAUUUCAUAGCUUGCUCACUUUGCACAGCUAGCCCCUGGCUCUUGCAUGCGUUGAUGCCACUUUGCACAGCAGCCUAAAUAUUCACGAGACUCAGUAGUCAUUCAAUUGGGCCCCACCUUCUACAAGGCAAAAUGUUGCUAGUACAUAAAGCUCUAGUAGUACUAAUGAUUAGUGCUGAAAUCAUUAGGGUUCUAAUGAACGCUGCCUCUCUGCUAGGUUGUCGGUAGUUCGUACCACUGUUACUGAAAGUCUGAAACAUAAGACAAAACAACAGCAGUGUCAAACUGUCUUUUUACGAAGUGGGUAGUCCGUUCCGUUCCGUACUAGCAAGAAAGAAGAGAAAGGAUGGCGCAAAGCUAAGCGACAAAGCGAAAGAACGUUAGAACCAGAAUAAGGCCAUGUUUAGUUCACCCCCAAAUUCCAACUUUGACACUAUGCAAAAAGAAGAUUCCCCAUCACAUCAAACUUGUGGUACAUGCAUGGAGUACUAAAUGUAGACGAAAUCAAAAACUAAUUGCACAGUUUUGUUGUACUUUGCGAGACGAAUCUUUUGAGCCUAAUUAGUCAAUAUUUGGACAAUAAUUCACAAAUACAAACGAAAUGCUACAGUGUCGCUACAGUAUUUUGGUUGUCCCAAUUUGGGCAACUAAACAAGGCCUAAAGAUGCUUUAUCUGCAGGAAAUUUUUGUACCACUAUCUAGAAAGAAGAAAAGAAUAGAAACCUUGUAGGCUUGUA